AUGACCUCUUACACCCUUCAGUUUCCGGAUGUGACCUAUCCAGAUGCCCUUUCUCCACAUCCAAACGCUGUCUCUGGUGCCCAAAGUAACCAGACCUCUCCGCCAAGAUAUCCCAGUCCUUGGGGAAGUGGGGCCGGCGAAUGGGCAGAAGCAUACAAAAAAGCAAUCGAGGUCGUCGAGCAGUUGACCCUAGAGGAGAAGGUGAAUUUGACUACAGGAACUGGUUGGCAACAAGAACAAUGCGUCGGCCAGACCGGUGGUGUCCCUCGACUAGGUAUCCGUGGACACUGCCUUCAAGACUCGCCCGUUGGUGUAAGAUAUACAGAUUUUGUCAGUCUGUUCCCUGCAGGAAUAAACGUUGGUGCUACUUGGGACAAGCGCCUCGCAUACGAAAGAGGCAGAGCCAUGGGCUUCGAAAGCCGUGACAAAGGGGUCACUGUCCAGCUAGGUCCUGUUGCUGGCGCACUAGGAAGGGCAAGUCUUGCUACCGGCCGCAAUUGGGAAGGCUUCAGUCCUGACCCCUAUCUCACCGGGAAGCUAUUCGCCGACUCUAUUCGAGGCAUCCAAAGCACAGGUGUACAGGCAUGCGCUAAACACUACGUGGGUAAUGAGCAAGAACACUUCCGUCAAGUCCCUGAGUCUCGCGAUUACGGCUUCAACAUCACACAACCUGGUUCUUCGAACAUCGAUGAUCAGACUUUACACGAGCUAUAUGUCUGGCCUUUUGCUGACGCUGUCAAGGCUGGCGUGGCUUCUGUCAUGUGCAGCUACAACCUCGUCAACAAUUCGCAGGCCUGUCAGAACAGUUACUUGCUCAACCAUGUGCUCAAGUCCGAACUCGGGUUCCAAGGUUAUGUUAUGAGUGACUGGCAAGCCACCGCGAGCGGUGUGCCCGCUAUUCUGGCAGGACUCGACAUGACCAUGGCUGGAGACAUCCGUUUCGGCGAUGGAUCAAGUUACUUUGGUCCUAAUCUCACCAUCGCUGUUUUGAAUGGUACCGUGCCGCAAUGGCGUCUCGAUGAUAUGGCCGUUCGUAUCCUUGCUGGAUGGUAUCUCGUUGGCGGAGACACUGAAGUACCCAAUCCCAAUUUCCAGUCAUGGACACCUGAUACGUUUGGCGCCGUCCAUGCACACGUCGGCUCAGCAUGGGGUACAGGGCUUGUCAACCAACAUGUUGAUGUUCGCCGGGAGCACGGGAGAUUGAUCCGCGAGAUCGGUGCUGCGUCUACGGUGCUUCUCAAAAACGAUCGUGGCAUACUACCUCUGAACAACACGGCAAGGCUGACGGCAGUGUUUGGCGAAGAUGCAGGCAACAAUCCAAAUGGCCAUAAUGGCUGCAGGAACCAUGCCUGUGACAUCGGCACGCUGGCUACUGGUUGGGGCAGUGGUCAAGCCAGCUCUCCAUAUCUUGUCAGUCCAGACGCGGCGAUACAGCACGAGGUCGUCUCUCGCUUUGGUUCUUAUGAGUCCAUCACCAACAAUUCAGCUUUGACUCAAAUCAACGCAUUGGCCCGCCGAGUCAACGACGUUGGUGGAGUCUGUCUGGUCUUUAGCAGUGCAGACUCUGGCGAAGGCUUUGCCAAUGUUGAUGGCAAUUACGGGGACCGGAAAAACCUCACACUAUGGCAGGGCGCUGAUGCUGUGAUUGCAAAUGUGUCUGCCACAUGUAAUAACACGAUUCUGGUCAUCCAUUCUGUUGGGGCAGUCGAGAUUGAGCAGUACAAAGAGAACCCGAACAUCACUGCCAUUCUCUGGGCAGGUCUUCCUGGCGAGCAAUCAGGAAACGCAAUUGCCGAUGUUCUAUAUGGUCGUGUCAAUCCCGGAGCAAAACUGCCAUUCACUAUGGGUCGCAAAAGGUCAGACUACGGUACUGACGUCCUCUACACUCCCAAUCAAGAAGUCCCGCAAUUCAACUUCCAAGAAGGCGUAUUUAUUGACUAUCGCGGAUUUGACCACCGCAACAUCACUCCAGUCUAUGAGUUCGGCUUCGGUCUAAGCUACACAACCUUCGAAUACUCUGACCUCGUUGUGGAAAAACUCGAUGUCGCAGACUACAAGCCAACGACAGGAACUUCUAGACCAGCGCCUACGUACGGCAAAAUCGACAACGACACUUCUACCCAUACAUUCCCGCAGAACCUCACUCGUAUCCCACUGUACAUUUACCCAUGGCUGAACAGUACAAACCUUAGCGAAUCCUAUGGAGCGGCAAACUACGGCAACAACUCAUUGAUCCCCCAAAACGCACUCAACAACUCCAGCUACUCAUAUCCACCCUCUUCCGGCCCCAACGGCGGCAACCAAGGGCUCUGGGACAUCCUCUUCCACACCCGCGUCAACGUAACCAACACCGGCUCUGUCCUCGGUGACGAAGUCCCCCAACUCUACAUUUCCCUAGGCGGGCCUUACGACCCCAAGAUCGUGUUGCGAGGGUUUGAGCGUGUAAGGAUAAAUCCUGGCGAGACUGUGCAAGUUACAUUUCCACUGGCGAGAAGGGAUCUCGCGAGUUGGGAUACGGAAAAGCAGGAUUGGGUUGUUAGUGGAUAUGAGAAGAAGGUGUUUGUUGGGUCUUCGUCGAGGGAUUUGCCAUUGAAGGCGGUGCUUAAGGUGUGA